GAUGACCGCAUAACCACGGGACCCAAAUAACUAGUAGCAUGAGCUGUAGCACAACAGCUAAGCUAUCAGUAUUCAAAAUAAAAGCUAUCGGAAGCACGUUAUUUUGUGUAUCACCGUUUUCGACGGUAAUAUGGAGCUGUAGGCAGAAUUUAUAAACAGAGGUAAUAGUGUCAAACUGGGUUUUACUCUUGCAUGUGUGGAAAUAUACAUCAUUAAACGUCAUUUUGGGUGUUGAGGAAUGGUCUGACUGCAGCAGUACCAGUAAAGAUGCACAGCCGUCUGCAGGAGUUGAAGAAGGAAGAGGAGACUCUCCUCAAAAUCAAAGUCAUGCUACAAGACCAGCUGAACAGGUUGAAGUUUGAAGAAGGGGCCUUGAAAUCUAUCAUUAGUGCUCAAACAGAAGAAGGAGCCUCUGAACGCUCAUCCCCAGAAACUGAGGUUCAUGUUAACCUUGAUGAUGAGAGCGAGAUCAAUCGAACCAAACUGCUACUGAAUGCCGCUGUAGAUUAUGAUAUGGAGGACGAGGAGGAGGAGGAAGAUGAUGAGGAUGAAGACGAAGAGGAUGAUGAAGAAGAUGACAAUGAGCAUGAGUUUGUCCCUGAGGAGGAUGAGGAGGAUGAUUACUGAGAUUCUCAGUGUUUCACGGGGCUUCAAUAUUCGCACCACUGAAGCAGAACCAAAUGUAAACGGACAUCUGUUUAUUUGUCCACCUGUUUUGUACUAUCACUUAGGACGUUUAAGUUAUUUGAAUGGAGUGAGUAACAGUUACAGUGUAAUGAUGUGUGGUGCUAACAGUAUCCUCUCCUUUGCCUGAUUGAAGGCAUGUCAUCCAUAUUUCAAAUUACGUUAGAAUUCAUAUGUCAAAUUUUGUGAGAAAUGUCUCACUGAAAUGCAGUAAGACAGUGUUAUUAGGUGCUUAUAGCUGAAUACAUAUUGAGCAUUUUGAGGAUUAGCAUUAAAAUGUAUGGCUGGGCCAUAUAAGAAGAUCGUGUGUAUGCAUUAUGUAAGAAAUGAUAAUCGAAAGCACAAAAUAAAAUGUUUUGCAUAGGG